AAACCUCAAACCCUUACAAUGGCCUCUGAAAAUGAAGGAAGAAGCAAAAGUAGAAAAAACAAAGGUCCAAAGAAACCACCACAGAGAGGCUUAGGUGUUGAACAGUUAGAGAGAAUGAGAACUCAAGAAGCACUCAGAAAAAUGGCUGAAGCUUCUGGUGUAUUCAACAUUGAUCAUCAUCAUCACCAUCAUCAUCAACAACAUCAUCAACAGCAACAACAACAAGUUCUUUUGAGGUAUGGUGCAUUAUCAUCAAAUGUUCCAUUUCAGUUUCCUCAACAACAAAUGAUGAUCAAUGAAAACAACAACAAUGGUAGUACUAUUGUUGGUGCUUCUGCUUUUGGUCCUUACAAGAAUGGGUUUGGUGUUGGAACAUGUUCUAACGUUGCUUCAGGUUGGUUUUUACCUAAUAAUCAACAUAACAACAAACCAACUCAUUUUGGAUCUGAAUCGUCACUUCUAAGAAACCCUCUUGAGCCUUCUAAAGAUUCUCAAUCUCAAUCCUUUGAUCUUUGCCUCAAGAAAACACGUUUGAAUGAAGAAGAAAAUGUAACAAGAGGUUCAAUAUGGUCUAAUCAUGUUCAUGAUUUUCAUAACAAACUGUUGUUCAAGCAUGAUGAGAGUGUGGAGAUUGUUGCAGUACAUAGGAGAGGAAAUUCUUCAUCAGGAAAUGGCAGAGUUUUAAUGGAAUAUAAGUUUUUUCCUAGAAAAGAUGAAAGAGACACAGUUUUGGAGCAAGAAUUCCCAACAAUUGAUUUUGGGUUUGGUGAAGCUUCUUCAUCUUCAUCUAUCACUGUUAAUACUUCAGCUUAUGGUGGUGGAGAUUCUUCAAAUGGUUAUGAUUCCAUUGAUUUAUCUUUGAAGCUUUGA